AUGGACGUGGAUCCAGAUAAACUGAUUGAUCUCGUGGAGCGACGUCGGCUUCAAAACCGUGUGGCCCAGCGCAAAUUUCGUGAGAAGAAACGUCGCGAAGCACGAAAUGCUUUUCAAAAUGGCUCUCAUCAGCAGUCAAGCGGAUCACCUAGUGCACUGCCGUCUGCCUCGUCGAUCAAUUCCGAUUGUCCUCAAACAGUCUCUCUCGCAUCAUUACGGGCUCCUUUGACAAAAGUACCUGAUGCAAUCCCAACGGAGUUGCCGAAUACUGCCUUCGAACAAGGGAGAAUGAAUGCACACAUUGAUCUCGAUACAGUUGACUACUUGCCACGCGAAUUAAGCAACGAACCUUUCCUCUUGCCGACCACCCCCAGCUUCCAAUCCGAGUUCGUGGUACCAAAUUUGGACCCAUCGACAGUCGUGCGCACAUUCUCACCUGAACAGUGCGAUACUUCAUUUAUAGACAUAGCAGGCGGUCAUUUAGACUCUUGGUUAGGCGACAGUCGACCAGGAGCUCCAUUCAUGCCUUCCGGGCUCUCAGAUUACGAUACACAUCAUGGCCCAUCACUGUCCCACAAUGAUAACUCGCUUCCCGGGUUAAUAAUAUCAAGCAAAGAUGAUGGAUGGAUCAGCUCUCUCCACAUUGCAGCUCAGGCUGGCCAUGAACAAAUUGUGCAAGCUCUACUGCAGCACAACGCCACAGAUAUAAACAAAGCAGACAGCGACGGUCGCACAGCGCUAAUACAUGCGGUCGUUGAAAAUAACCAGUCGAUUGUAUGUUUACUCCUUGGAAGAAGCGCGCGAAUAGGUGCAUCUGACUGUGAUGGCCGCUCCGCCCUUCAUUGGGCCGUGCUAUAUCGUCGUAUCGAGAUACUAGAGGUGCUUCUGAAGCAUCGCGAAAAACAUGAAGCAAGCCUCGAUAUUGAUACGCAUGACAGCACAGGAUGGACACCACUACAUAUGGCUGUCCGUAGAGCCUUUGAGCCGGGGGUCUUAAUGCUCAUCCAGUCCGGUGCAGACAUCAACGCCAAAGCCAGUAAAUGUCCGUAUACUGGAAACGUAAUGCCACUGUUGAAGGGACAGCAAUAA